CAUAUCGAUGGGAGACGUGGUGAGAGGAGGUCGCUCUCUCUCUCCCUCUCACUCACUCACUCACUGGCACUCUCUUCGCGCGUGCGUUUUGCGUGUACAAGUUGCGUGCUAGUGUGUUUUUUACCAGCGUUAUUGCGUGUGUGAGUUUUGUAUACCAUUGUGUGUGUUCGUGUGGAUUGCGUGCGGGUAAGGAGGGCGUGUUGAAAAGUAUAUACCCACGUCUACUACUACUACUACUACUACUACUACUACUACUACUACUACUACUUUGAAGGAGAGCGGCAGAGUGAGAAGAGCACGAGGCACCACGGAGGGGAAGAGAAGAGGGUAGGGAAUAGCUGCCGUCAGUGAGGUUGAGAACGAUCACCCUUCGCGAGGGACGGAGCAACACAGGAACGUAUAGGGAGGAGACUAAAUAAAACAAAGACCCACCAGAGAACAACAAACUCAUAGCACCGAUCAGAUAAAUAAAGCCUGGCGAAUCAGCUGCAGAGGCUUGUACGUGAAAUUAAAAGGAAAAGCAGUGCCAUUUAAGUUCAAAAAAAGGACAAGGAAGAGUCCGUAAAAGUACUCAGGUCAAUAGGAAGUGUUUUAGAUACUUCGAGUGGAAGAGAUUAAUCCUCCUUAACGUCUAGGAAGGAAGACAGAGGAGGAAGUACCGUCAAAAAGACAGCACCAGAUUCUAGUCCAUUGCACGCCUAAUCUUCAGCGGGAUGGGUCGCUACACAGGGAAGAAAUGCCGCCUGCUCACGAUGUUCGCCAUGACCACCAGCUUCUUCUUGGUGGAGUUGGUGGUGGGGUACAUCACCAACUCUAUGGCGCUCGUGGCGGACAGCUUUCACAUGUUGAGCGACGUGUUAGCUCUCAUCAUAGCCUUCCUCAGUGUCAAGAUGUCGCCCAAGAAGUGGAGCAAGAACACCUUCGGUUGGGCGCGAGCUGAGGUGCUGGGAGCCCUCGUCAACAGUGUCUUCCUGUUGGCACUUUGCUUCUCUAUAUUUGUCGAGUCAUUAAAAAGGUUAUAUGAGACAGAGGAGCUGCACAACCCACAGAUGAUCCUGAUAGUGGGGGUCAUAGGUCUCAUAAUUAACCUAGUAGGCCUAGUGCUCUUCCAUGAACAUGGCCACGGCCACAGCCACGGAGGCCAUGGUCACUCCCACGAGACCAAACUAUCCACCAUAAACACUCUGGUGGCCACAGACGACAAUGAGAAUGACGAGCGUUUCACCCCGCCCCCGCCCAGCAUCCUGCCAGGCUCCCAGAAGUCUGAGGGCCACAAGAGUGCCUCUCAGAUGAACAUGAGAGGCGUGUUUCUCCAUGUGCUCUCCGAUGCCAUGGGCUCUGUGGUUGUGAUCAUCAGUGCACUAGUGGUAUGGCUCACUGACUGGCAGUACUCGGCUUACAUUGACCCGGCCCUCUCCCUCUGCCUGGUGACUCUCAUCACUGUGAGCACCUGGCCACUGCUUAAGGUGUCAGCUCUCAUCCUCCUGCAGACUGUCCCCACUCACAUCCAGGUUGAUGGGAUCCAGAAGCAGCUGCUCAAUGUGGAUGGAGUGUUGGCCGUGCACGAGUUUCAUGUGUGGCAGCUGGCAGGCGAGAGGAUCAUUGCCUCAGCCCACAUCAGGUGCCGCAACCUGAAGGACUAUAUGGUACUGGCAGAAAAGAUCAAAAAGAUGUUCCAUGAAGAGGGCAUCCACUCCACCACCAUCCAGCCUGAGUUUGUUGAGUUUGAGGAUGACGAUACUUCUGCUUCCCUCAACUCAGCUGAGGACUGCAUUCUUGACUGCCCCUCCAAGGACAAGGAGGGCUGUGUGGCCAACACUUGCUGUGGUCCCUCAAAACAGUCCGAGGCAGUUCCAGCAGCAUCAAACUGCCGGCAGAGAAACAGCACCGAGAUCCACAUUGGGAACCAAGUGGUGGAGAACACAGCCGAAGGAGCCACAGAGGGCGGCUACCUGCUGGUGCCUGCAUCGGUUAAUCACGUCUCCUCUGUCUGACAGUGGGCUUCUGAUGGACACCUCCAGGACGCGGCAGUGGACGACUGACAGUGAUUGAAGCGGACUGGAAGUGCACGGGAGGUUAAGAGAGAGAACGAAGUGAUAACAUAUAGCACUAUUCAGGGUACUGAUGAUGAGUGACUGGGUGAGUCUUGAUCCAGAUUUAAUACAAGGUGUGGGAAGAGGAGAGGAGUGGGUGGUACAAAUGCAAGCAUCAUUCAUUAGGUUGUAUUGGGUUGCAGUUGACAUACAUAUGUGGACUGCUUCCACAGUUUACUGUGUCUGGGCAUUAAAGAAGCCAUUUGGCUGCUGUCAGGGAUAACAUUUCUGUACAGAGAUAUUUUCUGCCACUGUGUAUUUGAGAGUGGCAGUGACACUCCUUGAUCACUGGUGGGACGCUGAGGUUGUGAUAUCAGAAGUACAUUUAGUGUGGGAAGGAAGCAGCUUGUUGAAGUGACUAUCAAAACCUUGGAUAUAAUAUAAAUUGAAAAUUUGUUUUGGUGAAUGAAUGCAUAAUGCAGCAUUCAAUAUAUGUUUUUACAGAACUACUGUAUGUAAGAGGAAAACCAAGGGUGAGGGGUGCCAAGGUGUGUGUGUUUCCAGAUGGUAUGGGAAUGGAAAAAAUAUGUUCAAAUGCUUCAGAACCAAGUUUUAAAGUCAUGACUAAAGGAGCAGGUAGUCAUUGUUGCUAAUUCAAAAACCAAGAAAUCAUUGGCAAGGAAACGUAACCACACCCUAGUGCCUCAACAGACCUUGGAUAGAGUACUGUGGAUAGUGUCUCCAAGGGAACCAGGGUUUCCACAACUUAAACUGUUACCAUGUUCAAGCCAUUCUGGGGAUUCAGUGCGGCCUAGUGCAGCUCUCUUGAUUAGCUAGUGGCCAUGCUAAAGGUGUUAAAAUAUAAAUGGUCUACCCUCACACUGAAGGGUAAGAAACAAACUAUAUGCAUAAAACCUCAUCAACCAUACAGAAAGAAAAAAAAAUCGUUAACUUGAGUUACAUUUAAAAAAAAAAAACAACAACAAAAAAAAAAAAAAUAGAGGGGAAGAGGAGGGGAGGGAAUAAACUGAUAGAAAGCCCCAGAUUUUAGAUUUAAAUGUGAGCAUAAUUAUCCUCUGCUCACAGAUCUGGUGUGCUAUGAUACACACUUCACUGUUAACAUCUUUAGUGCUAUGUUGUCACUUCAGUGCUUCUCCUGUAACCAUUGUAGAAUUUAAUCUGUUGCUCCUUUAUGUACCCCAACACAGUUCCAUCCUUUGUUUGUUUAUUAAGGGUCAUAGGGAUGUCACCAAUGCUCCAUGAUAUAUAUGAUAUAGAUCAGUGAAGAUAAAGAUUGAAAUUAUCUUGCAACAUGAAAGAGUGAGAUUCAGUUCUAAUUAGUAACAUCUUGGCAAUAACAUGCUGUGUAUAAUAAGCUAAUCUUGAAACUUUGGAGUCUCUUUCUAAUGAUGUGUGAGAAUUUUUACCAUAAAGCAUAAUUUUUAAAUUUUUACCAUAAUGCAUAAUUUUUAAGGUACUGUUAAAAAGAGGCCUUUCUUUUCAACACCUCUCCAGUGUGUCCGAUUGUCUGUGCAGUGAAGGUUAAUGGUUAAUGAUACACAUUUUUAUUGCAUGUAUCCAGGCUUGAGAUUAUCCAUAAUAGGAGGUAACCAAGACAUGUAUAUACAUGUAUACAGUUCCUCACAUUGUGGUGUUUAGAUGAGGAUUGGUAAAUUACAUGUGACGCACACUAGAAUAUAAAUGUUCAACAUGACCAAUGUAGUGAGCUGCAUCUACAAAGCAGUGAUAAGAUAUGUACCAUAAACACCAUGAAUCUUGACUAGGUUGGCAUAAGCAGUGGUAAUAUCUUGAUGUGAUAUGUACUUGUGUUUGUGAAGAGAGCAAAGCGAGUUCUUACCGUGUUCAUGGUUAUGUUCUUCCCUGCGGCUCUGCAUGGCUGUACACUGCAGCCUGAGGGAACAGAUGUUCCCACAACCAGCAAGACUGACACUCCAGUUGCCCCAAACAUGGUUCUUCCUGUGGACGGACUCGUCUAAGAAAAAUUGAAAAGAUUGUACAUAAAGUAUACAAGUUUUUAUGGUUUUAUAUAAAUGUGUACAAUUUGAGUGUGUACUGUUUGUAGGAAGAGUUGACUUUAUGAAUGAAAAUAUAACUAGUGAGACUCAUGGCAGUAUUUAUAUUAUUUUUGUACAUAAUUUACAUAAUUUCACUAUAAAAGACUGAUAUGUUAACUUUUUCAUAAGUAAAUCAUAUAAUCUAGAAGCAUAAAGAUAUUGAAGGCACUGUAGAGUAUGGAUACUUCUCAAAGAAGUAAAGAAAAUUACCUUCUUAAUAAGGACAAAAACUUGUGUACAUAUACAUAUCCUUUAUCCAACACUUGCAACUUUAGUGUGUGUGUGUGUGUGUGUGUGUGUGUGUGUGUGUGUGUGUGUGUGUGUGUGUGUGUGUGUGAAAGUGAGCUUUGUAGGGCUCAAAAUGUAUUGUUCUGAGAAUUUGUUUCUCUCUCAGACUGGAAAUUCUUAUUCCAGAUAUCUAGCACUUCCCACUGGUCAUUAUAUGACUUAAAGUCUCAGUAAUUGGGAUGUGACACAUUCUGCCAAUUUAUAUCUAGUAUUACUGAACUUGACAACUAGAAAUUUAUAAAUGUUAAAUAAUUACUCUUGGAAAUGUCGUGUGUUCUUUUGAGCUGUACUGAUUUAUUUACAGCAAAAUUUGACAAAAUUAUUUAAUUUGAUGUUUAGAUCUUGCUUCACAAAAUUUGAAUGUUUUUUUUUCAUGUUUAUGAAAUAUACCUUUUCAUGUGUAA